GAAUAAUAUGAUCGUUAAAAAGAAUGAUUCUUUCUAUUACGGUCCCGGCGAAGAUUAUCCUAAAAAAGAGGUAGCCAAGAGAGCAGCGAUACGAGAAAUGGCGAGAAGACCCAAUCUUGUAUCAUCAAAUUUCAUUUGGGAGAUACCAAUUAAAGAUUUCUUGACUGCGUCAGAUGAAGUACAACGAAGUUGUCUUAUGUUUAAGCCAAAUCAAGUUAUUUUUAAAUCGGUACAAGGAAGAUUUCGCGUUAUUUUAAGCAAAAUUCUUGGAGUCAACCCUACUAAUUCUCAAAUUUCGGCUGCUUCAUGGCUUGUUGGUGCUUGGUUCGGUGGUGGAAUUGUAAAAUCACCCAUUAUUUAUGUUCGCUUGCCUCUACUCGCUGGAAUUUUAGACAUUAGUAGCCAUUUACUAGAAGAGAACAGAAAUACAGAUAUGGUUUAUUCUACAAACAUAGUUGCAAACAUGAAAGAGUGUUCAGAUAAUAUAACGACCCCAUCUUGUUGUACGAUUAUCAAAAGUAUUCAAAAAUCCAAAUUUAAUCGCGAUAUGGUAUGGCGAUUUAAAGUAGAAAAAGUUGGCCUUGGGUCAUAUUAUGGGUUCAAGGUUGAUAAAAACGAGCGCAUUUUACUAGCAGAUUUGACAGUGAGUCAUAAUGUCCUUAUUGCAGCAUGUGAUACUUUUAGAUCAGGUGCCGUAGAACAAUUAAGAGUACAUGUUAGGAAUUUGAAUGCUUUAGGUCAAAAUUCAAAUGUUGAAUUAUAUGAACGUGGAUAUAGAAAAGAUGCUGCUAGGAUAGCAAAGGAUGCUAUUAAUUACGGUAUCAUUGCCGUUGAUCAACUCACGAAAUUUAAUCAAGCUUUGAAAGAUUUUUCAGGGUUACAAGAUCCAAGACAUAUAGAUGGAAUGAUUUUGACGAAAUUUGAUACAGUUGAUGAUAAGGUUUGGCGAAAAUGAUAUUAAAGACUAACAUAUGGUAAUCAAACACUAAUCUAAAAUUUUUUAUUUGGAACAGGUUGGGGCAGCCUUAUCAAUGACUUAUACAACCGGACAACGAUUUUAUUCGUUGGAACCGGUCAAACGUAUACAGACUCAAAGAACAUGAGAGCCGGACAUAUCAUUCACUCUCUUCUUAAAGAAUGAAAUUUGAGGAUCACAAAUCAGUGAUUUAAUGAUGAACGUGGUGAACACUUUGGACAUUUAAUAUUUAAUCAAAAAUCAAAUUAUUAUUAAGAAAUUUUUUUAAUUUAAUUUUUAUUUAUUUUAUUUAUUU